UCUAUUUUUUCGCACAACAGUAAAUAAUGUGGGUACUAUUGAAUCUAAUCAAACCUAUAAAAACAAAUGCGCCUUCUAUUUUCAAAGAAAUUACAUAAACUUUUACAUAAAAAUAUCUUCAUUAGUAAGCAAAAUAGUCGCAUGAGAAAUCCGAGAAUUGUUUAUAUUCGAAAUAAGAUAAGCAGGCGAGUAUGAAUUCCUUUCUGGUAUACCGUAUGGAAAUGUUUCAUUUUAUAGGUAAUACCGAUUGAAAUAUUUUACAUGUAAAUAAAUAAUUGUUUUAUUAGAACGAUUUAGUUUUAAGUUGGUUUUUCCUUUACUGGGCCAACUGACAUAAGUUGUUUUUCCCUUUUUAUUUUUUUGGGGCAACUUUGACUGAUUGGUAGUGUUUUUAGUUGGUUGUUUUCUCACGUUUGUGAGCAACCAGAAAUACCUACAAAUUAAUAAGAAAAAUUAAUAGUUGUUUUGCUAAUUGCCAACUAUUAAAAUAUAUGGAUACUUACGCAGGAUAGAAUUCAGAAUAUAAUAUCGUUUCAGAUGAAUAUUCUGAUUCCACAGAUUCAGGGUCAGAGUCGGAUCAUUCUCCCGGGAAUGAUGACGAGCCUCAGGAAAGGGUAGAAAAGGAUUUAACCCUAAGCGUAAUUUUGGGAGAGGACCCAAAAAUUAUUGGGGAGAAAGGCCCUCCGUUAUGCGAAGCUUUAGUAAAUCGAUGGUCAAGCUACCUUAGCGAGGGACUAGAAAAGGAUAUCAGAGAGGCGCUUACUGAAAAAUAUAAAACGCCUGAUAACGGCCAGUUUCUAGAAGCUCCGAAAUUAAACCCCGAGAUUGAGAUAUCUCCGUCUCCAGCUCAAAUUAAAAGGGACCAGUUUUCCAUGAGCAUUCAAAACAAGCUAGGAAGAGCUCUGGUAGCACAAGGUUCUGUUUUAAAUAUUAUUUUAUCAAAAGACGCAGCUCCGCAUACGAUUGACGAUAAUACAAAAACAGAUUAAACAGAUAAUACUUCACAAAUUGAUUUGUGAAGCACAUUACCUCAUAUCCUACCACCGGAAACAUGAACUAUAUCCCUUUUUAAACGCCGAUGUUCAGAAGGUAGCUAUGAAAUCCCAGAUUGACUCAUUACUAUUUGGGGAGAACUUCCAAGAAAAAUAUAAAGCUGCAAAAGAGGUUAAGAGAACGGCUUUAGAUUUAAAAGCGGGUCCUUCAGGGAAUAAGCAAGAAAAGAAGAAUCGUUUAAACUACAAGCGCCAAAGCAACAGACCCAGGUUCAAGACAGAGACAGGAGGAAGAGGGCGAGACAACCAGAGUGGCAGACGGAGAAGCAGCCACAGUGGACUCGGGGCAAGCAGUCCAACCAAAAGCAGCGUUGGUCGGGGAAAUACCACAACUAGAGGGAGAGCCAUCCGAUUUGGGAACGUCUUACCCUGGUUGCAGGGAGGCUAUCAGGGAAUCCUAUACGAAGAGAGGCCUACCAGAAGACUGCAUAUCCACCAUGUUAGCUUCGAUAAGUAACAGCACAAUUAAACAAUAUAACGUGUCUCUUAGAAAGUGGUGGAUAUUCUGCGAAAAAAAAAAUAACAUAAAUGUUUUUCAAUCAGACAGUAAGCAAGUAGUUAAGUGUUUAGGUAUGUGUCAAUAUGAAGGGGCGUCUUACAAUUCAUUAAAUGCUCAUUUGUCAGCCAUUAAACUUAUUACAGAUAUAACGGGAAAUUUAGAAAUUUUUAAACGAUUCUUAAAAGGUGCUUUUAGGAUUAAACCUUGUUUCCCCAAAUAUCAAGAAACAUGGGAUCCGGAAAAGGUUUUGAAUUAUUUGUCCAAACUUUAUCCCUUAGAAAAUAUUUCAUUUGAUAUGCUUUCGAUUAAACUAGUUACACUCUUAGCUCUCACGUCUGCCCAUAGAAUGCAAACCCUAUCUAAAAUACAGUUAAACAAUAUAUAUACGUAUGAAGAUAGAAUAGAAAUUGUUAUCACAGAUGUAAUAAAGACCUCUUAUCACAAUAAAAGUCAACCGAUUUUAAAAUUUCCCAUAUUUAGAGAAAAACCGGAACUUUGUGUGGCAACAACUUUAUGUUUUUAUAUUAAUGCCACCCGACCAAAACGAUGUGAUAAAAAUAAUAAUUAUUUAUUGUUAACACAUAAAAAGCCAUACCGGGUAGCAUCCACACAAACUUUAUCUAGGUGGAUAAAAAAGGCGUUAGAACGUAGCGGCAUAGAUGUUAAUAAAUUUAAGGGCUAUAGUACCAGACAUUCAGCGGUUUCAGCCGCCAGUAGACAGGGUGUCAAUAUAGAGACUAUAAGAAGUGCUGCAGGAUGGACAGCAAAAUCAAAUAUGUUCGUUAGAUUUUACGAUAGACCUAUAUUAGAUAAGUGCGUGUUUGCAAAAUCCAUUUUGGGUAUGGAAAUAAAUUAGGUCCUCGUUAAAGUUAGUAGAUAAGAUGCUUAAGUAAGAAUUUAAUUAUUAAUUAUAUAUAUAAAUGAUUAUUUAUGUAUGAGUGUUCUGAUUAAAUAUGUACCUACCUUUAUGGAUAUAUAUAUAUAUAUAUAUUUUUUUUUUUUUUGAAGAUAUAUAAAUAUUCAAUGGAAUUUUUUUGAAUUAGA